UGUUUCUCGAAAGAACCAAAACAAAACCAGAGUCUAUUCCCACAGGAAGAAAAUCCAAGAAAUAGGCACAUUCAAAGCCCAAAUCUCCUUUCAAGCAGAAAUAAGAAGAUCCUGCCUCCAUUUCGGGCUCAAAACUAAAUCAGGAAGUCCGUAUUACAAGUGCAGGAACGAUGACAGACACUCAAGAGAAAGACAUCUCCUCGAGGCUGGGAAUGUGCUCCGUAUGUGCCCACACAGCAGCGAAAUACACGUGUCCGAGGUGUGGUGUGAAGACGUGUUCUCUGCCGUGCGUGAAGAGUCAUAAAAAGGAUGCUGGAGGAUGCUCUGGGGUCCGGGAUAAGACUGUCAUGGUGCUUAAGGAAGAUAUGGAUAACUUGACAUUGCUCAGCGAUUACAGAUUUCUGGAAGAGAUCGACCACAAGCUAGAAGACAACCAGAGACACCCGCUGCGAAGAUACAUCGUGCCCAGACAAAUAAAGGGCAAGCCUGAGCUGCCCUUCUUCCUCAACAAUCUCAGAAACGAAGCGGCAAAAAGAGGAACCACUUUGAGGUUUUUGCCGAACCACUUCUCGAAACAUAAAGAGAACUCCACACGCUUUAUAGCAAAGGAGGGAAUCAUUAGAUGGCACAUCAAAUGGGUAUUCCACCAAGCAGACAUCACAUUCACCAACACGCAAGUCGAUGAGAACACACCCAUAAUAACCCUUCUGGCCCACUACAUGGAGCCGAGCGACGCCCUCACCCCAGAAGAGACCGAGAAGCUGGCUUACUACCACUCGGCCUCCUACAGCAGAAUUGCGUCUUGAGGGAGAGAGAGAGGGCACAAAGACAGCCUUUUGGGAGGUGGUGCCGUCAAAGAGCAUCCGUAACAACCUGGCUGGCUGUAAGGUGGUCGAAUACCCAACAUUCUAUGUGAUCCUACGCGACCACAUGCAGGCUUACCUGGACUACGAGGCGGAUGGGCACGACGAUCUAUUUGGAGAA